CUGUACUAUCUAUUAACUGGUAGAUUACGAGUACAGUAUAUCAGUGCAUGAACUAUCAUGUGAUAGAUAUGGAUUUUUAUCAUUUAUGCAUUGUUGGUGCUGGUAUGAUAGGAUCUGCUACAGCUAGGCAUGCAUCUGCAGAUCCAUCAUUGAAAGUGUGUCUCAUUGGCCCAGAUGAACCAAAGGAUUGGAAUAAUGUAGAUAUUUUUUCUGCACAUUAUGAUGAAGGCAGACUGACGUAUGUCAUUCAAGACUGUGUUGUUGAUCACCAGCUUACAAAGUGCUCAAUGGCUCGUUAUCGAGAGAUUGAAAAAUUAUCUGGAAUAUCAUUUUACAAUCCUGUUGGGUGUCUGUAUAUUGGUGAAAAAAAUAUUGAUCACACUGUUCGACUACAAAAUGCUUGUGUUGUCAAUAAUGUGCCUGUAGAAGAUUUAUCUGAUGACUCUAUGUUUAAACAAAAAUUUCCUUUUAUGAAUUUAAGAGAAGAUGAAGUUGCUCUAUUUGAUUAUACUGGUGCAGGAUAUAUAUCUGCUCGUAAUUUGGUUGCUGCUCAACAAGAAAUUUCAAGAAGACAGGGAUGCACCAUAAUAAGAGAUGUUGUUUCCUCAAUUGAAGAAUUCAAUCAUAGUAAUGAUAACAUAGUUUUGAAGAUAACAACUGAUUGUGGUAAUAUCAUUGAAGCACAGAGAGUUGUGAUUUGUACAGGAGCUUUUACAAAUUUUAGGCAACUGUUGCCUAAUUAUGGUAUUUUAUCACCAGAUAUGGAAAUAACUGAAGAUUCAGUAGCUUUAUUAGAAAUAUCAGAAGAUGAAGCUGAAAGAUUAAAUCAUUGGGUAAUUAAAGGACCAAAUGGAAAAACAUGUACAAGAGGAGAACCUAUUUCAUGUGGAGACACAAUCAGAUUAGAACAUUUAAUAACUCAAAAACAUCUUCAUAGUCAUUUAUUUUCACCUCUCUCUGGUAAUCAAGAAGUUACUGCAUUUGGUGAUAAAGGAGAAGGAGAUUCAGGUGAUCACUGGGUUGUAACAUGUAAUGGUCAGUACUAG